AUAAAGUCGUGCAGCGCCCCUACAGGCUGCGCUCGGUACUGCACCGAUGAACUACAGCCGUUUGGAAAGGAGGCGUGUGACAUACAACAGCACACCGCUAACAUCGUCUUCGGCUGAGCGAAACAACCCGAGUGUGUGUUAGCGUUCAGAAAAACAGCAGCCGUGCCCCGCCGCGCCCCCACCCCCAGCGGAGCCGUCAUGUGGCAGGAGGCCCGCAAACAUGAGCGCAAGCUCCGUGGCAUGAUGGUAGAUUACAAACGCCGAGGAGAGCGCCGGCGAGAGUACUAUGAGAAGAUAAAAAAAGAUCCAGCACAGUUUCUGCAGGUUCAUGGCCGAGCCUACAAGAUCCACCUGGAUCCUGCUGUGGCACUGGCUGCAGAGAGCCCCAUCAACAUGAUGCCAUGGCAAGGAGAUGCUAACAACAUGAUUGACAGGUUUGAUGUCAGGGCUCACCUGGACUACAUCCCCACGUACACACCUCCACUGCUCAACACAUCCACCCCAGAGCAGGAGAUGGAGGAGAGGAAGUGCAAUUAUGAGCGCUACAGAGGCCUAGUGCAGAAUGACUUUGCCAACAUCUCAGAGGAGCAGUGUUUAUACCAGAUCUACCUGGACGAGCUCUACGGUGGCCUGCCGAAACCAAAUGAGGACGAGAAGAAAAAACUGGCUGAAAAAAAGGCCACCAUUGGUUACACCUAUGAAGACAGCACUGUGACAGAGCCCGACCCCCAGUCAGACAAAGAUGAAGACAAUUCAGAGAACAGUGAAUCCGAAGAGGAUGAGGGCAUCCCAGAUAUCGAUGUGGAGGUCGAUGUCGAUGAGCUGAACCAGGAACAGGUGUUGGACCUAAACAAAAUGGCAACCCCGUAUGGAAUGGGUGAAGGAGACUUUGUUAGGAUGUUGAGGAAAGACAAGGAGGAAGUGGAGGCCAUCAAACAUGCCAAGGCCCUGGAGGCAGAGAAGGCCAUGUACUCUGGCCGGCGUUCUCGCAGACAAAGGAGAGAGUUCAGAGAGAAGAGACUAAAAGGUAGACAGAUCAGCCCCCCAAGCUAUGCCAGGAGAGACAGCCCAACGUACGAUCCCUAUAAACGGCCUGAGUCGGAGUCGAGCUCUGAGUCUCGGUCACGCUCUCGUUCUCCCGGCCCAGAGAAGAUCACCUUCAUCACCAGCUUCGGAGGCAGCGAUGAUGAAGCUGCAGCGGCAACACAAACACCCGCUCCUCACUCUGGCAACGCCCCCUCCAACUUGCAGCACCCUGCAGGUCAUAGCAGGGGCUCCCGGAGACGAAGGUCAUCCUCCAGUCGCUCCCCUUCCUCAUCCUCACAUUCCUCAUCUCGGUCCUCCUCUCGCUCUUCUUCCCGUUCACGUCGCACCCGGCGUGGACGCGGGGAAAGGGAUGGGCGGCGAUCGCGGUCGAGAAGGCGUUCCAGGUCUUACUCUCGGGGUAGAGGGGGGAACGGGCGGGCCGGAUCCUGGAGGAGACGUGACCGGACGCGAUCGCGGUCCAACGACCGAGACAGGGAGCGAGACCGAGACAGGGAGCGGGACAGGAGACGGUACUCGGCACGCAAACGAACGAGGUCCCGUUCCAGCUCACGGCACGGGGGCAGUUCAAGACGAGGGGCUCGGAGCAGUGGAGGCCACCGGCGGGGGGACAGCGACAGUCACAGUCCCUCUCAGUCCCCCAGUCGCGGUAAUCACAGUCCCUCCCCUGCUCACAGAGGAGCCCAGCCCUCUACCACCACCGUCGCUGACAAGCUAAGAAAGCCUGAUACUCCGGGUGGUAAAGAGACGGGAGCUGCCAAACCCAAGAUGACCCCACAGGAGCGUCUGAAGCUACGAAUGCAGAAGGCGCUUAACAAGCAGUCCAAGGCAGAUAAAAAAGCCGCUCAGGUGAAGAUCCAGCAGCAGGAAAACAAAAGACAGGAGCGAGAGGGAGAACUACGAGCCAUGGCACGCAAGAUACGCAUGAAGGAGCGUGAGAGACGUGAGAAAGAGAGGGAUGAAUGGGAAAGACAGUACGGCCGACAGAGCCACUCGCCUUCUCCUUCCAAAUAUGGCCGAGAACACAACUACAGAAGGUAUGUGAGAAGCCACAGGAAUCAGCACAGCUCCGAUGAAGCAGAAUGAAUUGAGGUCUCGGUCUCGAUCUCGAUCACGGAGUCCACACUACCGGUACUGAGCUGUGGAAAACAUCUUACAGAACCUUCAGCACAGGACUUUGUCAUUGGCACACAUACUGUCCAACAUGCAGGCAACAUGGGAAUUUGAAGAGAUGGACUGACUAUCCUCUGGCUCCCAAAUCUAUACCUGAACACCAUGUUUUCUGGUACUCUGUGUCUACAAAAUAUACUAUUUUGACUGUGACACCUUAGUUUCAGUAAUUACAUAACCUAUUGGUUCAUGUUUGAUCUGUCUUUUCCUUUCUGUUUCAUCUUGUAAAGAGAAUGCAGGUUUAUUAAAUGAGUUUCUGGUUUCUUCUGCAUGCUCCUUUUAUUUCUGGCUGAACAGUUCUUCUCAAUGUGGACUUGUCCGGAGAUGUCAGUUUGCAUUUCAAAAUACACAAUACUAAGCAAUAUCUCACCUUUUACCUUACAUCUUCCUCGUGUCCUUUUGCUCCCCAUCAGCCAUUUACUUUUCUCUAACAAGAAACGCUUACAGUCAAGACCAUCUUAAACUACUUUCAUGAGCUGAUGUACAGGAUGUUUAUACACAUCACUUAAAAAUGUCUUUAUCAAAGCAGAUGCAAAGUUAAUGAAUGAAUUAAAUAUAUUGACCACUCUCUUUUUUUAUACUGUCCUCUGCCAACCAGUUAACAGCAGCAAAUAACUUGUUUUUGUUCCCAGUAAUGUGGAAUGUGAAAUACAGAACAAAAAAUAAAACUGACUUUGAAAGUA